AUGAGUACAAACUCAGACAAAAGAGCCCUUGAUGAUGAUUCCAAAAACGAAAGCUCCAGAUCAGAAAAGAUCGCAAAAACAACAGCGAGAAAGCUUGACUUUGAGAAAACAGAGGAUGAUGAUGCAUUGCCUCUAGCUUGUUCUAUUUGCAAACAACCAUUCUUGGAUCCAAUUGUGACAAAAUGCAAUCACUACUUCUGCAAGCAUUGCGCUCUAAAGCACCACGAGAAGAACUUGAACUGUUUCGUGUGUUACAAGCCAACUCUAGGGGUUUUCAAUACAGCCGUGGAGAUCAAGAAAAACAUAGCUAACGUACAAGAGAAAGCCAAAGCUAUGGUGAAGGAAGUGUCGACGAUGGUGGAGAAGGCAGCUAUGUUAGUGAAGAACGCGGAGGCCAUGGGGGCUGAGUCGGCGGAGAUAGUGGAAGAGGUUGAGACAAUGGUGGGGAUAGUGGAGGCCAACGGGGCAGAUUUGGUGGCAAAUGCAUCGUGGGAUUCGCUUAUAAGAAUGGUGGAAAAUGUGGAGGUCGUAGCUGCGAGCGCGAGGGACAUGGCGGAGAAGGCGGCGGAGAUGGUACAAGAAGCGAAUGCCAUAACGGAGAAGGCUAGGGCAGAUAUGGCCAAGGCGUUGGUUGUGAUCAGGAACGUAAAGUGGGAUUUGUAA